UGUAAUAUGCUGUUGCAGUCCUUCUAAAAUGAUCUGGAGAGCCUCACGUACACAUACAAUCUUUCUGGGAGUAUUACUGCUGUAUUUUGUACUAACAGUUGUUGCAGUUGCUAUAAGUAUCUAUUACAACAAACCAAGUGUUGCAUGUGGACCAUUCAGCCAAAUGGAUACGGCCUACGAUCUUGUCUCUCUGAUGGUUGAGAAAUGGCAGUCUUCAAAUUUAUAUCUCAAGAAAAUCGUCAGGUUUAUUUCUCAACGAGGUUUUAUAUUUGUAGUCCUUAUUAUCUUCUGUGUCAUAGCAUAUUACAGUCAUAUUCUACUGACCAGCCAUCGCAAAAUGGUGAAGCUUCUUAAAUACCAGCUGGAUCUGGUAAGGACUAAUGUUUAUUUUGCCUUUCAAAUUGCAUUACAAAAUAAUAAUAAUAAUAAUAAUAAUAAUAAUAAAGAACUAACAGAGCUUAUUGUAGCAUUUUUUUCAUAACAAUUUCCAUGUUGUUUGUAUUGUGAUUGUGUUUUAUGAUUUAGCCUCAAACAAUUCUAAUUUCAAUUACAUAUGAACCAAGCCAACAAAAGAUCCUUUAUGAGGUUUCUCAUCAAUCUAGAAACAGUAGCCAAAUCUCCCUUUCAAACUGCAUUUUCUUAAAAAAAAAAAAUUAAGGACACAUUGGACAUUGUAACCAAAGAUUUACAAACUACACAC